CUGCCGCGACCCGCCCGUCGCUCUGCCCCGCACGGCCGUCCGCGCCACCAUGGACCUCUCCGCCAUCUACGAGAGCCUCCUGUCGCUGAGCCCCGAGGCCCCCGGCCCCUGGCCCGCGGGGCCCUGCCGCCCGCCCGGCCGCUCCAGCAGCCUGGUGGAGGGCCGCAGCUGCGCCUGGGUGCCGCCGCCGCCGCCCGGCUUCAAGCCGCUGGCGCCGCGCCCGGAGCCCGCGCCCGCCUCGCCGCCCGCCGCCCCCGGCGCCUCGUCGCGCUACAAGACCGAGCUGUGCCGCACCUUCUCGGAGAGCGGGCGCUGCCGCUACGGGAGCAAGUGCCAGUUCGCGCACGGCCCCGCCGAGCUGCGCCAGGCCAACCGCCACCCCAAGUACAAGACGGAGCUGUGCCACAAGUUCUACCUCCAGGGCCGCUGCCCCUACGGCGCGCGCUGCCACUUCAUCCACAACCCCAGCGAGGACGCGGCCGCCCCGCGCCCGCCGCACGUGCUGCGCCAGAGCGUGAGCUUCUCGGGCCGCGGGGCCUCGCCGCCGCCCGGCCUGCCCGGGCCCUGCCUGUCCGCCGGCUCCUUCUCGCCCCCCGGCUCGCCGCCGCCGCCGCCCGCCGACCUGCCGCUGUCGCCCUCGGCCUUCUCCGCCGCCCCCGGGACGCCCGUGGCGCGGAGGGAGCCCCCCGCGGCCUGCUGCCCCUCCUGCCGGAGGUCCACGCCCGCCGGCCUCUGGGGGCCCCUGGGCGGCCUGGCCCGCAGCCCGUCCGCGCACUCGCUGGGCUCCGACGCCGACGACUACGCCAGCAGCGGCAGCAGCCUCGGCGGCUCGGACUCGCCCGUGUUCGAGGCCGGGGUGUUCGGGCCCCCCCAGCCGCCCGCGCUCCCGAGGCGCCUUCCCAUCUUCAACCGCAUCUCUGUCUCUGAGUGACAAGCGCCGCCUACCCGGCCCGGGAGGGGGCCCGGGGGGCUCCUGGGCCAGUAAGCGGCCUCCUUCGGACAUUCCAAGAUGCAUUAACCCGCUCCCGUGGUGCUGGGCUGGGGCAGGUCCCUAGUCUGCCGAUUCAGUGUUCGGGUGGCUCCGGUUCCGGGGCCUGAGACAGUGUCUGCAGGACGGUUGACCGUUGGCCCUCCGGGCCCGCGUCUUCAGUCGUUUCGGUGAGGGGCCUGGUCCCCCAGGCUGGCCUUGUGCGGCCCUACCUUAUCCCCGAGUCCUGGGGUUACAGCUACACCAGCCCCUCCCGGCCUCCUGGAACCUUACGUGCUGUGAAGAGCUGGUUCCCACGACCCCGUCCCCACCGAGAGAGACAGGGUGUCUCUGUGUGUAGCCCUGGCUGUCCUGGACCCACUCUCUAUGUAGACCAGGCUGGCCUCGAACUCAGAGAUCCACCUGCCUCUGCCUCCCAAGUGCUGGGAUCACAGGCGUGCGCCCUGGCGCCUGGCCUCUCCGUUUUGAAGAGACCCCAAGGUUCAGUGUCUGGUGGUUGAAGCCUCCCCCGAGGGAGAAUCCUGGUGCUCGAAUUUCCCUCUCCAAGAACAUAGCCAAAGCCAUUGCCAAAGCCCUUCCCCCAACCCCUGGGCCCUUUAUUUAUGACGACUUUAUUUAUUGUAAUAAGAUUUUAUAGUAUUUAUAUAUAUUGGGUCGUCUGCUUCGUUGUUCUUUUUGUAACGUUGAGACGGAUGCUGUACCAGAAAUAAUAUAAGUAAUAAUAUAUUGUUGUACAAGUCUAUUUUUGUGGGGUUUUUUUGAAUUUUUGAAUAAAAUCUUGAGCGUGAA